GUCUGCCAUCCAAAAAGCCAAAAGAAUCAGUCACGUCAUCGUUCUUCUGUGUCCAUCGCUGCGAGACCCGCCAUGGAAGCUCUGAGCUCCUCUGCCGCCACCAUCGUCUCCUCUUCUUCAUCUUCUUCCCUCUCCUUCUUCUCACAGAAGCGAAACAAGGAUUCUGCCUGCCGAUUCCUCCGAUGCCACAAUUCUUCCCCCAAAAACGACGGAGACAACUCAGAUCUGCGCUCGAGCUCCGAUUCGAAAGACUCAAGCAGCAUCGUCCCGUUUUUCAAUCGCAACGCCCUCUCCAAGUCCAAUUUCAAUCAGGAUGACGCCAUGGGAUUGGUUCUCAGCGCGGCGUCGCUGAGGGGAUGGACGACUGGUUCGGGUAUGGAAGGGCCGCCGGCACCCGCCGGAGCUGAGGAUGGAUCCAAUACGGAAAAGGUUUCCACCUUACCGUGGUCUCUCUUCACCAAGUCUCCUCGCCGGAGGAUGCGUGUGGCUUUCACUUGCAACGUCUGCGGUCAACGCACAACCAGGGCGAUCAACCCUCACGCCUACACCGAUGGCACCGUGUUUGUUCAGUGCUGUGGAUGCAAUGUGUUUCAUAAGCUGGUGGAUAAUCUGAACUUGUUUCAUGAGAUGAAGUGUUAUGUGAACCCGAGUUUCAAGUACAAGGACUCGAAAUGGGAUGGUGGUGUGUUUAGAUUCUUCGAUGUGGAUGAAGAUGAGGAUGAUCACGAUGGCGAUGAUGGCAAUGUUUCGUUUCCGAUCUAA